GUUUUUCCGCGGGAGCGCGCAGGGGCGUCCUCUCGGUGGGCUCGCCGUGUCUCCGUCUCUUCUCCCCUCCCCGACUUCCAACGUCACUUCGCCACGAGUGGACGGUGUCCAUAAUACAAUUACACGCAUGGAAUUGAGGGAAAGGGAACAGGAAAGGACGGGGAAUAUUCGUUUUUUUUCGUGAGGCAGACGCAGUCGGCGCGAAAUAACACGAAAUGGUGUCCUUGUAGACUGGCGUUCGCCGCGUAGCGCUGGGUGACGUUCGGGCGAGACGUGCCAAGCUUGUCGUCCGUGUUUUUUUUUUUCCCCCUCUCUUUCCCCCCUCGGCUUUUCCAGCUGGAGAUAACUGUAUUCCUGUCAAGCGGAUUGGAGUGAAAGUCCGCCAUAUUCUGCCUCACCACGCCCGGGAGCCGCGCGAUUCGCACCGAGGGCACGCGAAGCACCGCUCGCGCGCUCCUCUCUCUUUUCCCGCGUCGAUUCGAGGGCAGCGCGCACUCUGCGAAGAAAUAAUGCUCUUUUGGGGGAAAGUGGCGAGAACGGCUGCGCUCGGCGGGAGCGCGUAGAGGCGGCGGAGCCCAACUCCGAGAGGAUCUGUUCUGUCGCUCGAAGCGACCGAGGGGGAGAAACUCGUCGCCUCCAUUAGGACAUUAGCACGGGAUCGGAGCUCGCCGGGGCUCGUCGUUUUUGUGUCUGCUCUCUCUGCCCGAAAGCGAAGGGGGAGGCCGGGAGGGGGCUUCGCGCACUCAAAUACGAACGGACACAUAUUUUCCCCCCUUUUCUCCAUCCAUGUUCUCCUUUUAUCGCGACCGUGUCCAUGUUUUUUUCCGGUAGCUCGGCUGAAGGUGCGUCUGCCUAACGCUGCUGCUGGCGGAGGAUUUUAAUGUGUUGUGAUUUUACAAGAGCGCAUAUCUAGUGUUGAAUAUACACGAAGUUCACGUCGCUGAAGCAGAGGUUUGUUUUUUCGGGGGGAAGAAUGACCCUGGAGUCCAUCAUGGCGUGUUGCCUUAGUGAAGAGGCAAAGGAAGCCAGGCGGAUCAACGACGAGAUCGAGCGGCAGCUCCGUCGGGACAAGCGGGACGCUCGCCGGGAGCUCAAGCUCCUGCUCCUGGGAACGGGAGAGAGUGGGAAGAGCACAUUCAUCAAGCAGAUGAGAAUCAUCCAUGGCUCCGGUUACUCGGAGGAGGACAAAAGGGGCUUCACCAAGCUGGUGUACCAAAACAUCUUCACCUCCAUGCAGGCCAUGAUUCGUGCCAUGGAAACCCUCAACAUCCCCUACAAAUAUGAACAUAACAAGGCCAAUGCAAACGUAGUUCGUGAGGUGGAUGUGGAGAAGGUCACCGUGUUUGAGAAUCCAUACGUGGAUGCCAUUAAGAGUCUAUGGAAUGACCCAGGAAUCCAGGAAUGCUAUGACCGGAGGCGGGAAUACCAGCUCUCUGAUUCAACCAAAUAUUACCUAAAUGCUCUAGAUCGCAUCUCGGACCCCGCUUACCUGCCCACCCAGCAGGAUGUGCUGAGAGUCAGAGUUCCUACCACAGGCAUCAUCGAGUACCCAUUUGACCUUCAGAGCGUCAUUUUCAGGAUGGUGGAUGUGGGCGGCCAGCGCUCUGAGAGGCGCAAGUGGAUCCACUGCUUCGAGAACGUCACCUCCAUCAUGUUCCUAGUGGCCCUCAGCGAAUACGAUCAAGUGCUUGUAGAAUCUGACAAUGAGAAUCGAAUGGAGGAAAGCAAAGCAUUAUUUAGGACAAUAAUAACAUAUCCAUGGUUCCAGAAUUCGUCAGUUAUAUUGUUUCUAAAUAAAAAAGACCUGCUGGAAGAAAAGAUAAUGUAUUCUCAUCUUGUGGAUUACUUCCCUGAAUAUGAUGGUCCCCAGCGAGAUGCCCAAGCUGGUCGGGAGUUCAUUUUGAAAAUGUUUGUGGACCUGAAUCCGGACAGUGACAAAAUUAUCUAUUCCCACUUCACCUGUGCCACAGACACGGAGAACAUUCGCUUCGUCUUCGCCGCCGUCAAGGACACCAUCCUGCAGCUCAACCUGAAGGAGUAUAACCUGGUCUAGUCAUGCCUGGGAAACACAGUUCAACCCAAGUACAACCUAGUUGGACCAGACCUGGUGACUGAUGAGCUUUGCAAGAUGUACUGUAAUAUCUGUGAAAAAAAAAAUUGACAACAAAUAAUUGCAUAAUACUAAUUUAUUGCCGUCCAGGGCCCUGUGUUAAUGGGGCCUUUAGUAAAUAUUAUUCUAUUUAAAAGGAAAAAGUAAUGGGGGCGUUGGAGAUUGCUGUUAAAUAUUUGCAGCACAAUUCCUAAUUUUUAGGCUAAAUGUUGUGAAUUUUCAUUUUAAAAUCUCACAUGUGCACUCAAGGGUGGGCUAGUUUGUUUUUGCUUGAGAAGCCAGCCAAGCGAUCUCACCUUCCAGAUCUGAUUUCCAACAGCCUUUUGGCUCCCACCCAUUCCUGCGUUGCGUGUCACUCAGCGCUGAGAUAACCGCUCCAGAUCUGUCUAAGCCAUCUUUGUGUUAUAAUUUAUGUGUGUUUUUUCUGAAGGAUGGAAAGUAUUGAAACUGUGAUUUUUAAAUUAUUGAUAUAAAUUAUUACAUCUGGUUAGGUACUAUCUAUUUUAUGAGCAUGAGAGGACAGACAUGUAGACAAAAACAGGUUAUAAUUCAUGAAGGAGCAGUUAAAUAACAGAAUAUCAGUUUAAGGUGACAAGAAUUGAGGGGCGCUCGGACCAAUCCUGUGAUAGAACCAUCAAAAAUCUGUGCGACUAUUUUCCACAUUAAACAUUUAGUGCCACAUCUUGAUUUCAAGAAGAAUUAUUUCAGAUGCCAAAUGAAUACAGCCAAACAUUUUCGUGGCUUUCUAAGGAUAUUAAUUUUAAAAGUAUUUCAUGCAAGAGCAGGUAACCUCAAGGUAAAACAUUUGAAGAAACUGUAAAUGUGUGUAGUUUCAGCCUUCUAGGUUCCCCCCCCCCCGCUUUUCUUUUUGUCUUAGAAUGCCAAAAGCACUGGUUGCAAAGGGUUUUCAAUUAAGACCCUGUAGGCCAAGACUGAUUACCGUUACAGCAUUCACUUUUAAGAUGUUAUUUAGGGAAAGAUGUGUUGUGGGUGCCAAAUUAAGCAAAGUUAAAACUAUUUAAUGUUUGGGUGCUCAGUUGAAUUUUUUUCUUCUUGGUCAUUCAAAAAAUGUUCUUGGAACCCAGUGUAACUCGGUGUAUAGUUAGUUGGUUGUAUCAGGAGUGCACUUUUUAUUUACUUACUUUUUAAAAAAAUAUUAUAUGACUAAUUGCCCAACAUUAGACCAACACGGCCUCAGCUUUUGUAUACAUGGAUGUGCAUUUAUUGUGAAAUAUCAAGGAAGAAUAUGUGGGUUUACUUUUUUUUUUUUUUUGGAAAUUUAUUACCCCCCCCCCAAUGACUAGUGCAUAUGUUCUGUGGCCAGUGUACCCAUCUGGGGCCUGUUUCCAGAGAGGGGCCAGUAGAGCUCUGAACGCCUGAGACAUUAUCUGGAGGCUCUCUUCUCUCAGCCCGGACUGACUCAUGGCAGAGCUGUGUGAAAGAGCGAUGAUUUGGGUCGAGUCCAGUCGCAGAGGAGCCAGUGCACUUGUCGUGGCUCAGUGGCAAAUGAAGUGACUUUGUGCUGUAAAUCAGUGACCACCAGUGACAAAAUUAACAACCAAAGUUAGCCUGCAUCCUGGAUUGGCUCUAGUCUUGCCCCCAUUUUUUUUCUUUUGAGUAUAUAUUUUUUGUUAUUAUUCCCUUAACAUA